GCCAAUGGGCGCGCGGGGAGGCGCGGGCCGCCGCGGCGGGCUGGGGGCUCCGCGCUCCCGGGCGUCAGUCGGGCCGCGGCGACGGCGGCAGGAGCGCGUCCCGGCUCCGCCUCGGGCUCCGCUCGGCUCCGAGGCUGAGGAGAGGAGGAGGAGAGCCAGGCGAGGCGCCAGGCCAGCGGGCCGGGCGCAUGGCUUAGGGACGCUCCCAGCCGCCGCAGCCCCAGCAUGGGGAAACUUCACUCCAAGCCGGCCGCCGUGUGCAAGCGCAGGGAGAGCCCGGAAGGUGACAGCUUCGCCGUGAGCGCUGCCUGGGCUCGGAAGGGCAUCGAGGAGUGGAUCGGGAGACAGCGCUGCCCGGGCGGUGUCUCGGGACCCCGACAGCUGCGGUUGGCGGGCACCAUAGGCCGAGGCACCCGGGAGCUCGUGGGCGACGUGUUGAGAGACACGCUCAGCGAGGAAGAGGAGGACGACUUCCGGCUGGAAGUGGCCCUGCCUCCUGAGAAGACCGACGGGCUGGGCAGCGGAGAUGAGAAGAAGAUGGAGAGAGUGAGCGAACCCUGCCCAGGCUCCAAGAAGCAGCUGAAGUUUGAAGAGCUCCAGUGCGAUGUGUCUGUGGAGGAGGACAGCCGGCAGGAGUGGACCUUCACCCUGUACGACUUUGACAACAACGGCAAGGUCACCCGAGAGGACAUCACCAGCUUGCUGCACACCAUCUAUGAGGUGGUGGACUCCUCUGUCAACCACUCCCCGACAUCCAGCAAGAUGCUGCGGGUAAAGCUCACUGUGGCCCCCGAGGGCAGCCAGAGCAAGAGGAGCAUCCUUGUCAAUCAGGCCGACCUGCAGAGCACAAGGCCCCGAGCAGAGACCAAGCCCACUGAGGAGCUGCGGAGCUGGGAGAAGAAGCAGCGAGCCCCGCUCAGGUUCCAGGGUGACAGCCGCCUGGAGCAGUCUGGCUGCUACCACCAUUGCGUAGAUGAGAACAUCGAGAGGAGAAACCACUACUUAGAUCUCGCCGGGAUAGAAAACUACACGUCCCAGUUUGGGCCUGGCUCCCCUUCCGUGGCCCAGAAGUCAGAACUGCCCCCCCGCACCUCCAAUCCCACUCGGUCUCGCUCCCAUGAGCCGGAAGCCAUCCACGUCCCACACCGAAAGCCCCAAGGCGUGGACCCGGGCUCCUUCCACUUCCUUGACACCCCAAUCGCCAAGGUCUCAGAGCUCCAGCAACGGCUCCGGGGCACCCAGGACGGGAGCAAGCACUUUGUGAGGUCCCCCAAGGCCCAGGGCAAGAGCGUGGGUGUGGGCCACGUGGCCAGAGGGGCAAGAAACAAGCCCCCUCUGGGACCCGCCUUCCCUGCGGUGUCCCCCUCCGCCCACCUGGCCGCCAGCCCGGCCCUCCUCCCCUCCCUAGCCCCCCUCGGGCACAAGAAGCACAAGCACCGAGCCAAGGAGAGCCAGCAGGGCUGCCGGGGCCUACAGGCACCGCUGGCCUCGGGCGGCCCCAUUCUGGGGCGGGAGCACCUGCGGGAGCUGCCCGCUGUGGUGGUAUAUGAGAGCCAGGCCGGGCAGCCGGUCCAGAGACAUGAGCACCACCACCACCACGAACAUCACCACCAUUACCACCACUUCUACCAGACAUAGAGCCCCUCCCCAGGGCCCCACCCUGCCGUAUGAAGGACCCCACCCCCGAUACCCCAAGGCAUUAUUAUUCUAUUAAUUAUUGUUAUUAUGACGAUUAUUGUUAUUAAUAAUUAUUGUUACUCCACUAAUAUUUAGCUAGCCUUCAUGUAGAAGAUCUAUGGAAACACAGAACUAAACUUUUAUUUAUAUGUUGUGGGGACUGCAUAACUAGCCCAGGAAAUGACUCUGGCUUGGUGUGGCCUGUAAUGGGCAGAGGCUCCCUGGAGGCUCAGGAGCUGCAGCAUCUGUGCGCAUCAGCCCACACCCUUCCCAGAGCCGGGGAGCCCUCAGCCCCAACUCUGCCCUACCCCAGCCUCUUCCAGGAGAGCACCCUUACCUGGCCCAGCUUCCAGAGACCCUCGAAAUCUCCGAGAAGAUAAACAGCUGCUACCUCUUAGUAUUAUUCUGAUUUUAUUUUGCCCUUAACUGAUUGUAAUGUGCUACAAGGGAUUUCAGUGGACUGCAGAGUGCGAACGUCUUGCUGUUGUGUUUUUAUGUCCCAACCUAGAAACCUUAGCUGUCUUUUCUGGAGUUGUCUUUCAUGCUUUUCCAGUGGGAUCAAGCCCUUUUCCCCAAAGCAGUCCCAUCUCUUCUGCCAUGCACAACAUGAAAAUCCACUUCUCUUCCUUCUCCUCCUUCUCUCUCCUUUACAGCGAUACAUACACAUAUUUAAGGACUAUCCCUGAGACCAUCCUUCUCAUUUUGGAAACUGCUAGGGAGGGAACCAACCACUUAAACAAGUGUCGUUUUCCAAGAUCCGGGCAAUUGUGUGCUGUUGGUUGUGGGGGAGGAUGUGGCAGAUAUAUACGUACCUACACAAUUCUCUAACAGCGCUUUCUGUAUCUAUAGAUAGACGCCAUCUGUCCAUUUCUAUGUAUCUUUCUAUAAAUAUACACUCUCAGGUAUCUUUUCUGGUGUGUAGAAAUCAGUGGUUUGCUUCUCUGGAUGCUUCUGGAACCCAGAUGUGACCCUGCUUGUCUCCUUUUGGGGCUGGAUGGCUCAGAUGCUUUCAUCAGAGGUCCCUUCUCGUGUUUGGGGGUCUGAUGGAUUUUGGAGAAAACUGCUGGGGUACAGAAGCUUGGAGGGAAAAGGGGACCAUGACCAGAGUUGGGACCCUGGGGCAACAUCCUCUGCAGAGAAGGAUUUUGUCUGGCCAGAGCCUGGAGAAACCUGAAAAAGAACCAAUCAGCUAGCUAGGGUCUCAGAGAAAAGCAGAUUACACCCUCAAAUUGGGUAAGUUGAGCAGAGUUUAAUAAAGGCAAUAUUUACGAAGUGUGAGCUAAGCCUCCCACGAGAAUGCAGAACCCUGGGGCUGGCAGUGUGGAGCGCUACGCCCACCCCUGGGCCUGAGUGAGGAAGGAGUUAUCUUUAGCAGACAGAGGACUGCUGGAGGAGUGAGAGGGGCACCUGUAGGAGCUAUGACCUUUGCUCAAAGGAUGCAGCCAGUCAUGGGGACCCUCCAGGGAAAUUAAUAUCCUGACCCUGCUUUCCUGCCCCUGCCUCAAUCCAUUGACUGAGGCCGCUGGAAGCCACCGGGCCGAGGGAGCUUGUUGAUGUGGGUCACACGGGCAUGUUCCCAGGUCAGAGAGGAGAGCCUACAGUGAAUCUAGAGGGACACAAGAGGGAGAAGCAACUCCAGCUACCUUCCUUUCUGCCGUUUGAGCUCCCAGCUGGCAUCCUCUUUUCCAGAGCCUCGAGUUUGGGUUUAAUGUAGUUAGUAAGGAGUUACUUCCAAAGAUAGUGGGCUUAGUUGUUACCAUAUUAUUAAUUUUAUUAAUGACUGAUGUGCCUGGGAUUGGAUUAAUACAUUAAUCCUUAGGACAGCCCCAUGAGGCAGCUUGGUGGCAGCUCAGGGAGCAUGUCUAAGGCUCAGAAGUUCGUAACUCCCUUGAGGCCACACACAGGGCAGAGCUGGGAUUCUGGUCUCCCACUCGAUCCCUUCGCCACUGGUGCAGAGCUUAAUCAUGGCCAUGGGCUGCCCUUGUUUUGGGUUGUGGGUUGUGGGUUUCUGUCAGUGAGAAG